UGAAUGUUUGACGCAUGUGUCGGUGCGUUUAGGUGCUAUAGUUAUAAUACACGUUGUUAUAGGGUUGUUGGUAGCUAUGCUUCAUGCCAAACCACCUCCAAUUAAGGAAUGUCCUGAUCCAAAAGAGGGCGAUAUUGAUGAGGAUAACUUUUGGAAGAAUUUGACCGAAGGUGAACUUAUAGAUAUUGACUUGUUUACAGCGUGCGCGAUAGGGGAAUUUGACUAUGUAAAGGAGUUUAUUAACAACGCCAAACCAACAUACGGCACAGACAUUGUAAAUAAUUCAAACAAAAGUGGAUGGACGCCAUUAAUGUAUGUAUGUUUUGUCGGAAAUGAUAAAAUCACAGAGUUACUCAUCCGUGAGGGCGCUGAUGUCUUAUUUGAAGAACAUAAACAUGGAUUUACGCCAUUAAUGCUAGCCUCGAGUUCUGGCAAUAUUUCUCUUGUUAAACGUCUAGUGGAGAAUAAUGCAAGAAUAAAUCAGGAAGAUAAACGUGGUCAGACUGCAUUAUUUUAUGCAGCAGAACAUGGGCAAACAAAUAUUGUUAAAUAUUUACUCAGCAUUAAUGCAGAUGUUCUAAUAAGGCAAAAGGGUACUGGUUACACAGCAUUUAUGGAAGCAGCAAAACAAGGACAUGAAGGAGUUUUCAGUGCUUUCCUAGAGCAUGGAGUGUACUUGGACCUUGUAUGUAACAAAGGCUACACAGCACGUGACUUGGCAAAGCAGUUUAAAUAUGGUGUUAUUGUAAAUAUGAUUGAUAAUCAUUGUUACAAAUUUCCCACACUCAGAUAUGAAGCAGAUUUGAGUGAUUUGGGAAUGGAUGAGAUUAAACAACCGGAUCAAAAAGUUAAUGAGUGGCUGAAUGAUCAAAAUCCUCAUCAUAUUUUUGACGAUAUCCUAUCAGAUAAAUUGUUUGAAAUGCGAUCCCAUGCAAUUGCAAUUGAUGACAGAUUUAAAACAUAUUCUGUGGGGGAAAGCUUCGGAAGAUCAGUGGGUGAUUCAACCAUUGAUGAUUCUGAAAGAACUCCAGUCGGAACUCCUGUAGACAGUGUUUUGCAGCAAUACAUGAUUAUGAAACCUGAUCCAUGUAUAUCUCAAGGACGGUCCCAUCAUGAGCAACCUUCACUAGAAACAUUUUUAAAAAACAUUGGUCUUGAAAAAUAUUUAAAAACAUUCCAAGAUCAGUCUAUUGACUUUGACAUGUUUAUUCAGGAUUUAACCGAAGAAGAUUUUAAAGAACUUGGUAUAAAGUUUGGUCCGAGUAGAAAACUGACACUUGCUAUAAACAAGUGGAAUCAUGAGAAAGGAUGGCAAAAAAAUGGAAGUUUUACAGCACCAGAUGUCGAUAAUCUUAAAUUACAGCUGGCAGAUGCAUAUUCUAAACUACAACAUGAAAUAGAAGCUCGAGCCUCGCUGGAAGCGGAACAAAUGGAGGGUAGAGCAAGAAGAAAUCACACAUAUUUCAUUGUGGAAAAAGUGCUUCGUGCUUGUAAAGACUUGCAGAAUACAAAUAUAACUUUGAAAAAGCACAUUGAAACGUUAAAAACAGCUGCAAAUGAGAAGACGAAAGAAAACUUACAGCCAAAAUUGGAGGAACUACAUAAACAGAUGAGUGAAAAUACUAUAAAUACAGAUAAUAUUACAGAGACAAUCAUUCGAAGAGUCGAAAAGUUGUUAUGCGAAGACGUGACAGAACUCUCUAGCAGUUCAGACUCUCCAGAGUCAUCUUGCACUUCGUUUAGUAAAUCUGAAAGUGGGUCUGGUGUAUAGUCCCGAAAUAUUUACGCGUAUAAACAGAUUUAUCGCAAAACGUGCCUACAGGCUGGGGUGCCAUAACGUUGCAAGACCCGAAUCUCUCCGAAUAAUUUAGACUCGGAAUAAAAAAUUAAGACAAUCGCUAGUAUCGUCAAUAACACAGCGGCAAUUUAUCGCAGAUAACAAUAUAUAAACAUAAAUAUUAACUGAUGCUCGAAAUAAAAAUAGUGCAUAGCUUAUAAGUUACGUUGGACGCUAGAUCACUAUAUAUUUGACAUGUUUAUAAGCUGUUAUUUAUAUAUUUAUUAAUCAAAUCAGAGAGAAAAGAGUUUCCAUUUUAAAAUGUUUAAACAUUUUAUUUUUAAAAGCCUUGAGAUUAUUGUUUUUUAAUUAUGCUCCAUGGGUUUUUCUAGCUGGAUUCUUAUUAUUUAAAGGGAGCCCUAAAACCAUUGUAAAAAAAACUGAUCUGUGCCUCGAAUGGUGAUUUUAUGUGGUAUUUAAUGCCAUUCCAUGCACAGGCGACGACACUUGUCAUCAUGGGAGGUUGGGGCUUAACGCUUUAAUCCAAUCCAAUGACAAAAAAAUUCCUUAAAACAACAACAGGUGUUAAUUGUUCAAAGUCGUUAGCUUAGUAGAGCCCUGGAUUAAUUCAAAUGAUUGAGGACAACAGGAGCAUUUUUUUACUGUCUCGUCUAAAAUGACUGGACGUUCGAAAUUUAUCGAUAUAGAAUCUUGCCGUAGAUUAUUCAUAUCUUUCUUGGGUCUUGUGUUAUUUUAACAAGGAGCAAUGAAUGAAUUAUGUCAUUAAUUCAAUCCUAAAGCUAUUAUAGCGAUAGUUAAGAAGGUUAAGAAUUAAUCCAUAGCCAUCAAUCAUGCAUGGCUUUUGGUUGAAAUAUAGCUACAAGAGCGAAACAAAAGCGAUUUUAGUGAUAAGGAAAUUCAGUUUUGAUGAACAAGAAAACUGAUUUUGUUGCAUAUAAAUUGACGAUUUCAGCAUAUAUUUAGAUGUUUUUCAGGUAGUCCUUUCUAGAUCAGUAAGACCUGAAGUAUAUUUUUCAAGGUAACAUCCAUUUAACCCAGGGUAGCGCUAUUUGAUCUUUGAACAACGUAUUCCUGGAUGAUCCUUACACCCCAUCAUACAGCACAGAAAAGAACUGUGAUCUGAUAAUUGUAUAUUUAGCUACAUUUCACAUGACGUUAUAUUUUAUACAUAUAAUUUGUACAUUAAUAUAAAUUAUAAAAAUAUUUUUAUCAACAAAACGAUGCAAAUCAUGUAUAAAAGCAGACAA